AUGGCUUCGGCGGAUUCAGGACGGUCAGGGCUACACACCGUGGAAGAGCACGAGAUCAUACACGAUGAUCCCAUUGACGAGGAUGAGGACCAUGAUGAGGAAUUCAGGGAGAUGGACCCCUCCGUAAGGGCAUAUCUGGAACAUCAGCGAAAGGUCGAUGAGUUUUUAUCACCGCUGGCCCUAGACGAGGCUGUGCUAUACCAGUUGGCCCGUCGGCUGUCGAGUGUGUAUCGGAAGCUGGCUUUGGAAUCAGACCAGCAAUUCCUCCCAACCCCGGUUUCAAAGCUACCUAGUGGCCUGGAGACCGGCCGCUACUUGGCCAUCGAUGUUGGAGGGUCUAACCUACGAGUUGCUUUUAUCGAACUGCUCGGCGAUACUGCCGAGCCCGAUAUGGCUCGCACACGAGCCGCGGAGAGACCUCUUAAGAAGGCGCAGACACAACGCGUCAAGCGCACGCUUGAGAAAGCAUGGCCUAUCCAGGAGCAUUUAAAGAUGGACAAGGCGGAGGACCUUUUUGCGUGGAUCGGAGAUUGUAUUGCGGAAGUAGUGGCUGAAAGCUUAACCUCGGAUGCAACAAAAGGCUCAGUCCCUGAAGAACUGGAGAUGGGAAUUACCUUCAGUUUCCCAAUAAUGCAAGAGUCUCUUGCGGAAGCUACUCUCAUGCCGAUGGGCAAGGGGUUUGCUAUUACUUCAGAUCUAAAUCUUCGAAAAAUACUGCUUAGUGGGUAUGAAAAGCACACGAAACGCCCUGAUGAUGAAGAUGAACCGUCAAAAAAGCGCCGGAAACUGUUCGCUUUACCAAAACUGAAGAUUUCUGCAAUUACCAACGAUGCGGUAGCGACUCUUGCAUCCCUGGCGUAUGCGGUGAAGUCCCUGCCCAACAGCCGAGUUGCGAUGGGCAUCAUCGUGGGUACUGGCUGCAAUGCCACGAUACCGAUGAAACUUAGCGCCCUGCACGAUGCGAAGGUGAAUCAUGUGAGGAGGAGCGAUCCAGAGACAUCAGAAAUUAUCGUGAAUACCGAAUGGACGAUAUCGGGUGUCUUGCCUCCUCUUAAAGCGCUUGAUAUCAUAACAAAGUGGGAUGCGGAACUAGAUGCAGCUAGUGCACGCCCCGGCUUUCAACCAUUUGAAUAUAUGACUGGAGGUAGAUAUGUCGGUGAACUUAUACGGCUUAUUUUCAUAGACUACCUAACCAACAUUACUGGGGUGUCUAAGGCUGCGCUACCUGUGGAACUCACUAAGAAAUACGGCUUAACCACAUCAUACGUCUCAGACAACAUUGCGCGUUCACGCUCAGGCGAAGAUCUCGCAGUUGAGCUGACCGGUUCUCUACCCCCGCCAAGCGAUACGUGGCGGUGGGAUGCUACGUCCGCAGAUCUCUUACGAAAAAUCGCUAGGGACGUACAAAGGCGAUCGGCAGGCUUAAUAGCCGCCGCAGUUGUCGGCCUAUUAGCAUGUGCCGGCGAAAUAGAGUUGAGGUUGGAAAGUCACGAGAGCUCACCGCAAGAAUCUUCUGCGGCCUCACCCGAACAUGAAAGCAUCACGAACAUUUCUCAGCCUAAAGAUGAACCGACAAGCUUAAACGGAUUAAGCAACGCUCGCGGCCCGAUAGUCCCUAUAAUUUCUCCGUCGCCCACGCCUGCAGAUUGGCAGUCUGGACCCGAGGAGCUUGUCGUCGCGUAUACGGGUGGUAUAAUCCAGCAUUAUCCCAAUUUCAAAGAAAUGUGCCAACAGACCAUCGAUCGGCUUAUCAUGCGUACGGGGCCUCAGAAAAGCGGGAAAUCAGUCUUUCUGCGCGAGGCAUCAGAUGGCGGUGUCAUUGGAGCUGGUGUUCUCGCUGGGAUGGUUGGGAAUCGCUGA